UGAGCCCCCAACGAAGGAUUGUGAUCUUGAAUCAUUUUCAACUUCUGAUAAUCAAGGUUACGUAAAGCUUGCUGUGAUUUAAUAAUUUGAACUAACUGUGGGAGUAAGGGGUUCUAUGGAUUUAAGAACAAUGUCCAUUUUUAUGGCAGAGGGAAGCAGUUGUUACCAUGACAAGAUAGUAAAUAAAUGUCAUUUUUUAAACAUUUGAACAGCAAUAACAAUGCUGGUUUAGAAAUGUACAGUGUCUCAAGUACACAUUCAUUGACAUAUUGUGUGACAAUUAUCUGAAAUGUAUUAAAAUAAUUUUGAGAAAGACGGUAUGCGAACAGAUAAAACUGAAUAUAUGCUGUGCUACUGCAGUAUCGUGGGCUUGCUAACUGGGACUGCUGAGAAAAAGUUUGUACUUCUUUUACAACAAUGUACUUCUUGAUUUGUAAUUGAAUUUUUUUUGUUUUGUUUUUUUUAGAUUUUGAUUGUGGCCUCUCCAUUGAAGACGACAAUGAUUUUGAUUGCUUGUAUUCCGAUGAGGAAGAUAAGGAUGAUGAACUAUUUCCAGAUUUAUCGGUACCAUUGUAUAAGGAUUCGCCACUCACUUCUGAUUCGAGUCUUCUCGCUGUCUUAGCUUUUGCUUUGAGACAUAACUUAGAUGGAACAGCCUUGGUUCAUUUGCUCACUCUCAUUUCUCUUCACUUACCCAAUGGCAACAAAAUGAAGAAAACUCUCUAUUUAUUUAAGAAACACUUUUCACAUCUUAAAGCGCCUGUCAAAUUUCAUUAUUUUUGCUCUGAUUGUUCCAUUGUUCUAAAGGAUUCAACAGAUAAGUGCCCAAACCAGAAAAAGCACAAAAACAAAACACAGGUGAGCUAUUUUUUAGAAAUACCUCUUGAACAUCAAAUAAGGACUCUCUUCAAGAGAAAAGGUUUUGCUGACAAUAUUUUGUCGCGUUUAACAAGAAAAAAGGAACACCCCAACAAUAUAGAAGAUAUCUAUGAUGGGCAGCUUUAUAAAGAAUUAGUUGAUAGUGGCUUCUUCUCAGAAAAUAAGUACAAUUUUACAUUAACUUGGAAUUCGGAUGGAGUCCCAGUGUUCAACUCAUCAAAGACAUCAAUGUGGCCAAUCUAUUUUGUGAUAAAUGAACUUCCUUUCAAGCUGAGGUUUAAGAAGUCAAAUGUGUUGCUUGGUGGGAUUUGGUACGGCAGCAAACCAAUCUAUAGCAAGAUGCUGGAACCAUUUCUCAGCAGCCUAUCAACAUUGCGGAGAGGAUUAGAUAUUCAGCUGAAUGAGCCAAAUGAAGAAGUUACGGUUCAAGGAGUCCUUCUGGCUGGGACAGCAGACUUGCCUGCAAAAGCUGAUUUCAUGGGCAUUAAACAUUCAGGUGGCUCUUGCUCUUGUACAGUAUGUAAAAUUGAAGGAAAAAGUGUUAAAGCAAAUCAAGAAAUUCAAACAAAAUCAGUUGUUUUGGAGGAUGGCGAUUCUACUGAAAGUGAGAAUGAAACCAGUGAAAAAAACAAACCAAAGAAGUCUAAGAAAACUGGUACAAGUGUGAAACAGAAGAGGGUAGGAUCAGUGUGGGUUUUCCCUUAUUCUAACAGCCUUGAUUUAAGGCGACAUGAAGAGACAGAGACUGCUGGUGAACAAGCGCUUGACUUACGGUCCAAAGCAAGGGAUCCUGAUAGAGAUAAAGUACAUGUGUUAGGUGUGAAGUGGCCUACUUAUCUAUCUAAAAUAAUGCCAGACAUGAUAAGAGGUAUGGGUAUUGACGACCUCCAUCAUUCUUACCAUGGUGUGGGUCAUAAAUUACUGGAACUGUGGACUCUGCCUAAAUAUAAAUCAAUGCCAUGGUCUAUUUCAAGUCGGAUAGAUCUAAUUGAUGAUCGAAUGCAGAAGGUAUGUCUCCCAAACUUUGUGCAAUGUGGAGUACGCACUCUAUCCAACCUAAGCUUGUGGAAAGGGCAGCACAUGAAGAUAUUCCUCCUUUACCUUGCUCUUCCUGUCCUUGAGGGAAUUCUCCCUGUACAGUAUUACAACCAUUUUGCUACUUUUAUUCACUGUUUAUAUGUUUUAAAUUCUUCUUCAAUCUCCCCUGAGGAUUUAAUCUUCUGUUCAAAGGAGCUAGACACCUUUGUUCGCCAGUUUCAGGAGCUGUAUGGAGAACGUCAUAUGACCAUUAACAUACACAACACCCUUCAUCUUUGUUUUGUUGUCAACAACCUUGGUCCUAUGAGGUGUUUUUCAUGCUUUCCUUUUGAGUCAUUGAAUGGGGAAAUGCUUAAAAUGAUUCAUGGCACAAAGUAUGUUCAAAUUCAGUUGGCAAACUGUGCCUAUCUGGUUCUCUCAUUCCCAAAUGAAAUUAGUAAUUUAGAGUGCCCCCUUGUACAAGAUUUUGCUAAAAAUCUCCACCAUUCCCAUCAAAAAGUCAAGCUCUUAGAAUGUGUCAGCCCCAAUGUUUAUGCUGCAGGGAACUACAUAGAUUUAAAAAAUGUACAUGUUGAUGUAAUUAACUCUCUACGUCUUGCAGGCAAGGAUCCACCCUCUUGUAUAUUUUUCAAUAAGCUAAAGAUAGGUUCCAACCUGUUUGUUGCUCAGACUUAUAAAAGAGCUACAAAAACUGCCUCCUAUUUAGUCAGCUAUAAUUCAAAUUCUAGUAAGAGAUAUGCAAUCAUUUUGUAUUUUGUGAAAAGUCCAGGCACACCAUCUCUUAAUGUUUCAUUUCAAGCUGCUAUUCAAUCAAUCAAUGUACGUGGCUUUAGUACUGAUAGGUAUUUGAAAAAGAUAAAACAUAUUUCACGUUACACAAUCUCACAGGAAAUAACUUUUAUUGAUGUGCACCUUUUGAAAAACAUUUGCUUCUCAGUACAAGUGGAAGGAAAGGAUUGUUUUAUAUGUGAGAGAAAUAAUUGGCUUGAGAUAGAAUAAAUUCAAACUAGUAAAUCUUAAUUAAGCCAUAUUUUAACUUAAUAUUACCACAGUGAUUAACUUAUUCAGUUUAAGAGAAGAUUUUAGAGUUUUUAACCUGGUAUAUGUCUAUGUACUAAUCAAGUGAAAAUAAAGUACCUACAAAAUCAACUAUUUUAUAUAUAAUUUCAAACACCUUUCACACUACGAUGCAAACUAACAGCAGUCAUCACAAAGUGAACUGAAUUCAGCCUUCUCAUCUGGAACCAUUUGGUCAUCACUGUUUCUCCUACGUUGCACUUCGAAACCAGGAACCUCCUGGUCAGUCAGGCUCAGGAAGAGGUCAAUUUUUCGAUGGGAGUCUUUAUAGGCUGAUUCCAUUGCAGCUUUGUGGGACAAAAAUAAAC